AUGUUGGGUCAUGAUGAAUUUUUGGAAUUCAUUGGACUAGAUAUUGAUGAUUUCACAAGACUUGAAUAUGAUCAAGCAAUAAUAGAUCAAAUCAAAUCAUUUUCUGGUAUUUGGAAUCAAAGCUUCUUGAAUCAAAUUGACCAUAAUGAAUUAAGCAAAAAGGAACUAUCAAAGCUUACAAUUAAUGAAAUUUUUGACAUAGUCUCCAAUUUCCCACAUUCUAUUUGUGCAUUACAAGAUUUGCGACAAUGUAUCGAUCCAUCUCAAAGAGUCCAUUUGGUAAAUUCAUUUACACAGAGUUGUAACAAAAGAUUAUUGCAUGCUGGUAUAAAUACAGAAGAUAUUAUCGUAUCUUAUACAAAUACAAUCAAGUCAUUCUUGCUAAUUGAUCCAAGAGGAGUCUUGUUGGACAAUGCAUCAAGACCUAUUAGAAGAUACCUUAAGGAAAGAGAAGACACCAUCCCAACAAUUGUUAAUGCGCUCUUGAAGCCCGAUGAAAAGAGCAAGCUAUCAAGAUUAUCCGAGGAGCUUACUUCAGUAACUGAGCAAACUGUUGACGAGUUAACAUUGUCAUGGUCACCGGAUCCAAUUGAUGCCCUACCUGAUUUCAAAAAACAAGACAUAAUAGAAUCUUUAAUCUCUAUUUUUGAUACCAAAGAAGUCUUCAUUAGUGAAUUUUCAGAAGUUUUCUCCAAAUCAUUAUUGGCUAUGAAGAAGUACGACAUUUCAGAGAUUUUGUUAAAGUUGCAAUUACUAAAAGCAAAAUUUGGAGAGGGUGAAUUUACCAAUUUAGAUGUUAUGGUUAGAGAUAUUUCUGACAGCAAAAUUGCAAACUUCAAAAUACAUGAGCAAAACCAAAAGAUUUUGAAAGGAUUACAAUUUUCAAUACUUUCAUAUAUGUUUUGGCCGGAACUCCCUUCUGAAGAGUUUAAACUACCUGCAGAUAUUCAAGAACAAAUUGAGCUUUAUUUGGCUGAAUAUUCACGUUUAAAGAAUGGGCGGAAAAUGAGUUGGAUCAAUGCUGGUGUGGUUGAUAUCCAACUUGAAUUGAAAGAUAGAUCACUAGACUUUGAAGUAACCCCUGAUAAAGCAGCUGUAAUAUAUUCAUUUGAUGGAGUGGAUUCUUUGAAGUGGCAACAAAUUUCAGAAAGUUUGGAAAUGGAGGGUGAAAGAGUGAAGGACUGUUUGAACUUUUGGGUCCAUAAUGGCGUUCUCAAAAAAGAACUGGACACUUAUAAAGUUUUAGAGGUACAAGAAGAUAGUCAAAUACCACAGCAUCUUCAAAUGAACCAAACAUCUUCCAGAAAUUCAGCUCAAAACUUUGAAACACACUGGCCAUUUAUAGUUGGAAUGCUCAGUAAUUUAGGAUCCCUUUCUUCAGAAAGAAUACAAUCAUUUUUGUCGAUGUCAGUUCUAAAAUAUAACGCAACUAUUCAAGAACUUGAAAAUUACUUGGAAAAGUGUGUCAUUGAAAACAAACUCGUUAAUGAAGAUGGAAGUUAUAAGCUAUACUCGUGA